AUGAAGCAUCCUGGCGCCACUGCUGGAUUCAUAGUUGCCUUCACUUUUCUUGUACUGGCUGUGGGAAUCACUGCGUACGUAUUAAUUCGUCGACGCCGCACCAUCAUCCACGGUGGAUGGAACACCUCGCGACGAGAAGUUCAUCACACCAUAAAUCUUGGCAAGGAGCAGCUUCUAGACGAGCCCCGUUCCUACACCCAAUCUUGGGCAGGUUCUUCAGUAGCUGGCAAUGGUUUAAACUCGCUACACCAUCUUCCGAGUCCGGAUAAACCUGUCAGUGAAACGGGAGUCCAUACUUCCGCCACAAAUCAUAUAAUCAAAGGAAAUGGCAAACUUCAAUUUACAGUCGCAUAUGACAAUAAUAUUCAGGAGUUGCAGGUCUCCAUUCUGCGUUGUGUGGAAUUGCCACAAAUUGAUUCCAGCUUGAACACCGUCGAUUCCUACGUGAAGCUUGAACUACUGCCAGAGAAGCGACAUCGAGUUAAAACGAGAGUGGUGAGGGGUUCAAGUAAUCCCUUCUAUGGGGAAGUUUUCACGAUGGAUAAAGUUCCGCUAAGUCUGCUGAAGGCGGGCUCCCUGCAUUUCAUAGUAGUUGGAUUCGAUCGACAUUCUCGCGACUCCGUUAUCGGUGAGGUUGUCUGUACGCUUGGUGAUCUGGAGCUUAAUCUUGUCAAGGAAGUGACCGUCACUAGAGACAUACUGAGACGGAAAUUCAGUGUAAGUCGCAUGCCAUACUAUCAUCACCAUCGUCAUCUCCAAAAGCUACAAAUUGCGAUUAUAAAUGCUGUUAAGCCCUCAGAUAAGAACCGUGGCAUGCUUUUGCUAAGCCUCUGCUACUUGCCUGCGGCAAGUCGUUUAACUGCAGUUGUCCUCAAAGCAGAAGGCCUUCCCAAGGUUGAUCUCGCCAAUUCAUCAGGAAAUCCAUACGUAAAGCUCUACUUCAUGGAGAACGACAGACGCAUUGCCAAAAAGAAGACCCACGUCAAAAAACGAACAUCAAAUCCUGUGUUUAAUGAGGCUUUUGCCCUGGAAAUACCUCCCAAUGCCAAAUUGGAAGAUAUCAGGUUGGAAUUUCGAUUAGUGAAUUGGGAGCGAGACUCUCCAAGCAGGGUGAUCGGUCGUGUCACCAUUGGUUGUCGCGGUAAUGACAAGGCGAAGGAGCACUGGAGUAAGGCGAUCGAGAAUCCACGCAAACAAGUGGCCGAAUGGCACACCAUUCUCGUUUGA